UCUGAUGAUGACCACGAAAAACACAUUUUUUGUGACUAAAGCAAUAUUAUUGUAAUAAAAAUAGUGAAUUUUAUGUUAAGCCAAGCAGCUCCAUUUGUGUUUUCACUGACUUGCUGUUCCUUUAUCACCGCUCAACAUGAUAGAGAAUCUGUCCAAGAAGCGAAUGGUAUUUGGGAUUAGUUGUUUGAUAUUGUUGACGAUCGUGGUACUCAUAAUUGAGUCUAAAUGGAUGAAGGCAGGAACACGUCGACAAGAGUUUAUCAUUGAAAAUAAUUCCACCUGUUGGCAGCGGGAAACGUACGAGGUGAUCAAAGAUUGUCAUCCGUGCACAGCGUUCGAAAUCACCAGUAAAUCUCAAGGGGUGUGCGUUCAUACCCAUAAUAAGGAAGUCCUCAAGUGCACCAGCGGCGAGAUCGUCACUCGAAGUUGUGACCGGGUUGCCUGGCUAGACGAGAAACACUAUUGGUCCUUCCAGAUAUCGCUCACGAUAAUAGGUUGCCUGUCGACGGCGGUAUCGUUUCUUCGACAAAAAUCACUAAACCGAAAGGCUAUGCUCAAGAUCCAAAAUCAACUAGGAACCUGCUGA